UUAUAACAGGCUAUGUAAAUAAUACUACGGCCUUUCAAGGAAUUCAGGUUUUAUUGCAUAUGCUGUAACUAAGAAUUCCUAAAUUCUUUUAUACUUGUUGUUAUUUAAAUUUAAUAUUAACAUGCAUCAGAGAACAGGGAUUCCCAUACAGUGUGAUUUCCAACCAUUUUCCCCAGACAUGGGGUUUGAGGCUUGCUCAGUGUUCUUACACAAGUUUUUUUUUUUUAAACUAAAACACUAUAUUAUAAACAAAGAGCAAAAUCUUGAUCAAGCGAUAAAUCGUCAUAAAUUAGACCUUUACUGUGUUUUCAAGAGUAAUCUUUCAUAAUGAUGACACCUGUGUGAAACUGACAUUGACCACAAACAUGUUCUUUUAAACUGGGUUCCCAAACCAUAAAUCACCAGAUGGAUUAUAGGUCCACAUUAAAGACAGAUAUAAAGGUGAAAGCAAGAGGUGUGUUUUCUCUCUAAAAGAAGACGGGCUUGAAACGAGCUUGAGUGUUCCACCAUGACGGUGUCCUACACGCUCAAGGUGGCCAAUGCCAAGUUUGGAGGCUUCUCAAAGUUGCUCUUCCGAUGGAAAGGAAGCAUUUACAAGCUUCUAUACAGAGAAUUCAUGGUCUUCUGCUUACUGUACAGCUUCAUCAGUGUUAUAUACAGGUGUGUCCUCAAUAAUGAACAACAGGAGAUGUUUGAGCGACUUGCACGUCAUUGUAACAAGUUUGCUAAACUCAUCCCCAUGUCAUUUGUUCUUGGGUUCUAUGUCACACAGGCGUUUCAACGCUGGUGGGGUCAAUAUACAAGCUUUCCCCUGCCAGAUAACCUGAUGAUGGUCGUAUCUGGGAAUGUCCAUGGCACAGAUGAAAGAGGCCGUCUGCUGAGGAGAACUCUGAUGAGAUACGCAAACCUGUCAUCGGUCCUCAUCCUGCGCUCCAUCAGUACACGAGUGCGCAAGAGAUUCCCAACUCUGGAGGACAUUGUGGAGGCAGGAUUCAUGACCGAAGAGGAGCUUAAGAAACUAAACCAUCUGUACUCUGACUUUAACAAGUACUGGAUGCCACUUGCAUGGUUUGCAAACCUGGCAUCACACGCAAGAAAAGAAGGACGUGUGAAAGAUGAUAUAGCCUUGCGACUGCUUAUGGAUGUAAGUGCGUUUAAACAUGUCAAGAUAAUGUAUAUGCGCAAUAAAAGCACAAUAAUCCCUUCCUUUCUUCCUCUUUGUCAGGAGCUGAAUAACUAUAGGUCAAAGUGCAGCAUGCUCUUCCACUAUGACUGGAUCAGCAUUCCCUUGGUCUACACGCAGGUAGUGACUGUGGCGGUGUACUCCUUCUUUACAUUUUGCUUAAUUGGGCGGCAGUUUGUGAAACCUGAGAAAGAUGGGGAGAAGGUUCUGGACCUGUAUGUCCCAAUUUUUACUCUGCUGGAGUUCUUCUUUUACGCUGGCUGGUUAAAGGUGGGCGAACUUAUUAUCAACCCAUUUGGAGAAGACGAUGAUGAUUUUGAAACCAACCAACUCAUAGAUCGAAACAUUCAGGUUUCUAUGUUAGCUGUAGAUGACAUGCAUCAAAAUCUUCCUCCACUUGAGAAGGACAAAUACUGGGUGGAUAAGGGUCCUUCAUAUCCGUCAGCUAGUAUGAAGCCUGUCUUCAUGGGUUCUACACAUGACAUGAGGAUACUGGAGGAAGAUAGUGAGGAAUCUGUACCAACAGCCAAGACACAAAUGCUUGCCAUCAAUGUGUGGCCGACUACACACAAAGGAAAAAAGCAGAAGAGCAAGAGCUUUCAGCAGUUAUGUCUUUGCUGCAGUGCUAAAUGUAAGAACGAGCGCUCUAGACUUGAACAGCCUUCCAAGAGCAGCAUCCUAUCAGCACCGCAGCAACAAAACAUGACCAUGUGCCAGGAAAAACUCUUGGGGUUACCUGAAACUACAGGACCAACAAACCAAGACCCAUAGAUGUGUAACUUCCUACUCAGAUUUUACUUCCCAUGUAUUUAUGUAUUUGGAUAGUCAAAGAUGAGAGGAUACUUGCUGCAAUAUUUCAACCCUCAUCCCUUCUCACACUUUUGACCAAUGUACACUACUGUUCAAAAGUUUGUGGUCAGUAAGUUUUUUUUUUUAAAGAAAUUCUUUUAUUGUUUUCAUAAAAAUAUCAAGCAGCACAAUUCUUUCAACAUUGUUUCUUGAGCACCAAAUCAUAUUAGAAUGAUUUCUGAAGGAUCAUGUGGCACUGAAGACUGGAGUAAUGAUGCUGAAAAUUCAGCUUUGGCAACAUGGGAAAAUUAUGUUUUGAAAAAAUAAUUUAAAAUGCCAUUUCUAUUUGAAUAUAUGAUCAAAUUAAUGGCAGCCUUGGGUGAUAAAUGACUUUUUAUACCCUUAAACUUUUGAACAGUAAUGUACUUUCUCAAUUUUUGCAGUGAUUAAUGAACAACUUUCCAUCAGUUAAUUUGUAAAGACUCCAUUGUUUAUAAUAAACACAGCUUCAAAUUUUAAAUGUAGAAAUUAACAUUAACCUUGAUAAACCCUCUUUUCAAUUGCUUGAUUCAUCAUAGCUAAUGCAUUGUUAACCAGUUCCAAUAAGUUUAUAGAUUAUAUAUACACACACAUACUUUCUUGAUCUUGUAAUAUUUUGAAGAGACAUUUUAAAACUCUAAAAAAAAUUUUUUUUAAUCAGAACUUUCCAUGGCUCUCCAAAGUCUACCAUUUACAACAUGCAACUUGUUUGUACUUCUACAUGCAAUAUGCAUCUAGAAGUACAAUCAAUUAAGAUUUAUUUUCAAGACAUGUACACAAGUAUUGCAAUAACUACUUUCAUACAGGAAAUUAAAAGAGCACUUCAACACUUGUGGUUUUUCUAGGAGUUUACAACCAGUUAAUGCAGUACAAGUCCAGCUGCUUAACUUUCUCAAUCCUCCUUUUAAUAAAAACGUGUUAUGUAAAUGGAAGAUCAGAGUCAUUUUACUUUCAACAUCAACAUACACCAGAAACAAUUAUCGCAACAUAAGGGACAGAGUCCCCUCUUGGCAAAGAAAUUAUACACAGGACAACUAAACAUUGCAUGAAAUGAGAAUGACAGGAACAUGCUGAGUUGGGGUAUUUUCUUUAAUGGUCGUAUCAAAGAGAGCUGUACAUUUAUUUGCCUUUCUUGGCUUUAAUCUUCCUCAGGUAGAACUCCAGUUCUUUGCCCUCAAUAAUAUAGCCAUCGGCCCUGCCACACUGUCCUGGUCUGGAGGCAAUGCAGGC